UCCAUGUCAAUUAGAGUUGAGUUGUGACCGUGAGUACUGCUAUGCUAUAGCUGGAAUGCUGCAGACCAGGUAGGUCUAUAAGUCCACGAGGUGUAUUUGCCGUUGGAUUAACCUUUGGAGCCCGAGAUCAGAGGCAUUUCUUCAUCGUUCUUCCCAAAUCCCAAUCAAAAUCUGCCACAGAGCAAGUUGAAGCUCAAGCUCAGAGAUCGGUGGAGGAGGCGAAUAAAACGAGCUUUUGAGGUCAGAAUGCGCCCAACUUGCAUAUUAAGUUCUAACUUCUAACCCCGAUGGAGGCUAGAAUGGAGCAAAUAGACUGAAUUAUGGAAUUUCUUCUCUGUUUUUAAAAAUUAUAGUUAUUGAAGGGAAAUAUCUAUUUUUUAUUUUUGUGAGGUAGCCUGGUAGGCUGGUAAGAACAUGAUGGAGAAGACAUCUCAUGAUGCAUUUGGUUUAAUAGAAAGUGACAAAAAUAUAUAUGAUGAAGCUUUUGAUGAACAUGAGAAGAAUGAAAAAGAACUUUUGGAGAUCUGUGACUCACAAAAUGUUGCAAGCAGUAACAUGGUAUUGACUGAACCAUCUGUGGAAGGGUUAACUGUUAGUGAGGAUCCUUUAGAACCGUAUACUGGAAUGACAUUCAAAUCAGUGGAUGAUGCAAGGGACUUCUAUUAUGCAUAUGCUAAGAGGACAGGUUUCACAAUACGUACAAAUCGGAUUCGACAUUCACAGAAAAACAGGGAAGUUAUAGCACGUGAUUAUGUUUGCUCAAGGGAAGGUUUUCGUGCAGCAAAGCAUACACUAAGAAAAGAUAGGGUUCUUCCUCCGAGGCCAAUCACAAGAGAAGGAUGCAAAGCCAUGAUAAGGGUGGCUUUGAGAGAUGAAGGUAAAUGGGUAGUCACAAAGUUUGUCGGUGAGCACAAUCACAAGCUAAUCAUUCAGAGUAAAGUUUCAGAGGAUCGACCAGCUAUGAAUACACUUAGUGAGGAUGAGAAGGAUAAGAAGAUACAGGACCUAUCCAAUGAGCUGCAGCAUGAGAGACAACGAUCUGCAUACAUUCAAGAGCAACUACAUAUGAUUUUGAAAUAUCUUGAGGAGCAUGCAGAAUACAUAUCAAUAAGAGUUGAGGACAUUGUUAACAAUAUGAAAGAAAUUGAGUAUUCUGGCAAGAGCUUUUAAACCACACAUAAAGAUUUACUACAGCCAUUUCCAUCUGCUGCACAGGUUAGCUAUGCAGGUUCUUGACCCUUCAAAUUGGAUUCAUGCAAAUUCAGUGGGUAGAUUGCAUCUUGAGAACUGGCUUUGCAGUCAAGCUGGGAAAGCUUUACAAAUGUCCUUUGGUGUUGAUGAUGAUAGUAUUUGUGGAAAUCUACAGGCAGGGAUUUGCACUGUCCAUGUAGAAAUACCCAUACAUGAAGACUGCAGGGAAUGACUACUUGAUGGACCUCAAUUUGGGUGAUCUCGAGUAUAACUUGUCCAUAUUACCACUGACUCAGUUACAUGUUAUUUAGGUGUUGUAAUUGGACCACCACCCAAAGGAAUGCUAUAGGUUGGAUAUUGUGCUAAGUUCAUCUGCUCAAUUUCAACCAGAGGAUACUCUUCUAGGUGAGGACAACCCAAUUGUAGAGAAUAGUUAUUCUUGUGUGAUUAUGUUUUUAUUCCAUUAAUCAGAGGUAAUUAUGUCUUUCCAUAUUGUAUUAUAAACACACAUGUAUACAAUAUAAGGAGCUACGUUCUACAUCUAAUGGCAAAAUAUACUGGUUUUUU